AUGAGGGAAGUGUUCCAGUCAGAUAACGGGCAUUGCAACCUAUCACCGCUUGCUAACUUUGUCUGCAUCAUCAUACCAGCACUCAAUAAUCAGCCAGUUAAUCAACAAAAUACAAAUUCAACAAGAGAACUUUUAGCACUACGAAGCGGGGAAUAUAUCAAUUCAAAUAUCACGUUUGAAAGUUUAGUUACAUCUGGAGAGAGUAGUCUCGUACGAGACGAGAUUACAGGACAAGUGACCGGAGUAAGAUUACGCGUUAAUGUGACGUCAGCAGAGGCGUAUUCAUGCAUGUUACAAAGUGGGGAUGAAACAACGAGAAUUACAUCGAUACAAGCUUCAAAUUUGCGUGUAACACCAUUCAAAAAGACGAUACGCGUAGGUUUAGGAGAACCAAUCAGGCUUUUGGGAGAAACACGUAGCAACACUCAUGGUAACGUGAGGUGGAGAAGACUUGGUGCUUCAGAAAACGACUGGAGGACCCACACAUCUACCGUAGAUAUCGAACGAUCGCAGGCGAUCGAUUCGGGACUCUACGAAAUUUUGUUUGAUGAACAAAACCGGGAAAUUCAUAGUGUAUUGGAAGUUAUUGUCAGAGAUUGCCCAGCUGGUUUCUGGGGACGAGGUUGCGAUCAAGAUUGCCCAAACUGCUUGAACGGUGGUAUCUGUGAUGACGUCACUGGGGUGUGUGUCUGCCCUCCUGGGUUUACAGGGCAACUUUGUUCAAACGGUCUUGGAAGAGAUACCUUUGGUCAGCUGGGCCAAUUUCGGUGUAGUGAAGAUAUAGGUAACGUCACAGAUUGCCUAGGAGUUCUUGUAUGCAACGGGCCUCCGUAUGGAUGCUCGUGUGCUGCUGGCUAUAAGGGCGCCCUCUGUAUGCAAGAAUGCGAGGACGGAUAUUUUGGAGCCGAUUGUGACCAGACCUGUCACUGUCUAAACAACGCCCUCUGCGCUGGAGAUACGGGACGUUGUGACCUUGCUGGUGGUUGUGAAGAUGGUUGGGCUGGAGUCAACUGUCAAGAACCCACACCAAGAAUAACGUCAUUCACCGCAUCCCAAUCCAACGGUUCCAACUUCGGCACCACCAUCUCCUUCACCUGUACAGCCACCUUCAACUUCACAGACACAUCGCUCACCCUUCAGGUGUACACCGGUAACCCCGGUGGAAAACAGAUACCCUCUGAAGUCGCCUUGCGUGACGUCACAAAGCAGACCCAGACGACGGUUGUGGAGACAGUGAUCACGCGGGCAGCUCAAGAUUUUGAAUGUCGUCUGUCUGCGGGCGACAAUGUGAAAGAUCAGGCCAUCGUAAAUGUCAAAGGACAUGAACAACCUUCACUAAGUCGACCGCCUACGAUAGGAGUCGUUACCAGUUAUUCGGUAGAACUUACCUGGGAUGCUUGGAAUGCUGCGGUUGAUGCCGGGAGCGGUCCGGUCACGGCGUACAUCGUGCAGUACAGAGAACAUGGCAUUCCCGGUUGGGAAACCGCUGGCAACGUCACAGAAGAACCGUUCACGUAUACAGUGACGCCACUUUCAAGUCUGUCAACCUAUGAUUUUCAAGUGGUUGCGGUUCGUCCCGGUGUGAAUGGGGAAGGUGAACCAACACCUAUAGUAUCAACAACGACUCCGUGUGCAUCACCAGAUCCAAUCCCAACGUUGUCAGUCUCGCCGGUACCAAAUAAUCCGACUUCGCUUCUUGUGUCAUGGGAACUGGAUCCGAAUCGACGAUGCGAUGCGUCAUACUACAUCGUCCAUUAUGACGUCACAAGUUUCGACCAAUGUGCAGAGAGAAGAGCAACAUCGGGGAGUGAAGCCAGCCAAUCAGGCACCUUCAAUACGACCGAAAGAAGUCUGACGUUAAGUGGGCUCGAUGAAUAUUCAACAUACAUCGUAUCUGUGGCGCCGGGGUCAGAAGACAGCGUCGGAGAGAAUAUAACCCGGAUUUCUACUACUCUUGAAGAUAGGCCCACAUCAGCUCCUGCUGCAGUAGAAGUCAUCGACCUUUCAACUAACAGUGUGACCUUGAACUGGGGUCAAGUACCAUGCGGUCAUCGAAAGGGAUUGGUUAGUAACUAUCUGUUGAUGCUUCGAGGAGCGCAUCAAGGAACGCAGAUCGUUUCUGCAUCUCAACAUUCUUACACGUUCCCCGAUCUAUCGGAGUGUGUUAUGUAUAACUUCACAGUAGCGGCUCACAACAUGGCCGGGGUUGGUCCCGAGAGUCCACCUCUACCAAUCGUUAUACCGGCUACAGUUGCACCUGGAUCGGUUCGGAACCUUCGCUUCACCGUUACCCCUACCGAGAUCCACCUCUCCUGGGAACCACCCUUGCAGUCUGCCUGUCAGCUAGAAUACAUAAUCCGCUACACACCUCAGGUCCUGGACCAGUGCAUAGUCCAGCUGGUAGAAGAACCCAUCGUGGCAGGGAACACCAACACGACUACAGAGUUUACCAUUGCUGGACUGGUAUCCUAUUCGACGUACAGCGUCGAAGUUCUGGCGAGGAACAGUAUCGGAUUUGGAGUACCGGAAAAAAGGAACAUCCAAACUGCCGAAUCGGUACCUGAGAAUGUGACCGACCUUGCUGUCGUGGAAACAACUGAAAACAGCAUCUCAUUGGCAUGGGACUUACCCUGUGGUCACACCCAUGGGGGUGUACUUCUAUUCCAUUACGAACUGUCCAAUGAGAACGUGCCUGUAGCUGCGCUUACGGAGGGGGAUUCCCCUAGCAAUGUGACGUCAUUGACGAUCAACAAUCUGGCUUCAUGUACUCCAUAUGAGUUUAGAAUCAGGGCUAAGACGUCGGCCGGGUACGGUCAUUAUGCAAAACUCUACCAUGUACGAACACAAGGAGGAGAACCGGGUAUGAUAGAGACCAUGUUCGUGCAUACCUACGCAUCCAGGCCAUUUGAAGCCGACGUCACGUGGUCACCACCUGAGGUCAACGGAUGUCCCAUCAUUCACUACCGGGUCACGUACGUUCUCACAAACCUCGGUCUGUGCGAGGCGAUCAGCAGCAAUAUGCAGGUGCUUCAGUUUGCUGGGAACACUUCGCAUUGGUUCAUACGAUUGUCGAACCUGGAGCCGUACUCGAGAUACGAAGUUUAUGUCCAAGCAGUCAGCGAUGCCGGUAUGGCCCCAGUUGCAGUGAGAAGUUUCCAAACACAACCUGCAGCCCCGGGACAGGUGCAAUUCAUCGACGUGACAGAACGAACCCAAAGUAGUCUCAAAUUCCGCUGGAACACACUAGAAUGUGGAUACCGCCAUGGACCGGAAGUCAUAUACCACUACCGACUGGAGUCCCCUUCCGGGUUAUACUGGUCCGGUCAGGUUCAUGAUCCUGUAUCCCUAGCCUCAGUGUACGGACUUCUUCCUUGUUUGACUUACUCGUUCUGGGUCCAAGCGGAGACGUCUGCAGGAUUCGGCGAUCCUAGUAACGCACUUUUCGCUGACACUACUGCAUCCCCUCCUGGUCCGGUGACGUCACUCCACCUCCAGUCAAUCAGCUCUGGAGAGAUAAACAUCACAUGGAGCGCUCCGGCAGCUCAGCCGUGUCCGAUUUUCAGCUACGGUCUCCGGUACAUCCCGACCAACACCGACCAGUGUAGUGCAAACGUGAGACGAUUGGCCGCGACAAGGGCUUUAGACGUCGAGACCCAGAGCACUUCUGCCGUAGUUUCAGGGUUGUUGCCGUUCACUACGUAUAGAGUGAUGGUAUGGGCGAGGACGGGGGCACCGAAUGCCGGGCAGGAAGUGAUGUCGACUGUAGUCACCCAACAAGCUCCACCGACUGCCUCACCCACUGUCAAUGAACCAUCAUCAUUUCCACACAAACCUUCCAAACUCAAUGUCUCGUGGGAAGAAGUGCCUUGCGGACAUCGUAGCGGUGAAAUCACCUUCUACGCCUACGAGCUGGAAUCUCUUGAUGACUCUACUCUCAAUUCAAAGACAAGCAAGAUUCCCGCGACAUAUCGUUACGUGACACUGGAUGACCUCGAGCCUUGCGAAGUUUAUCAGUUCCGGGUCAGAGCUCGUACCCGAAAAGGAUGGGGACCGUUCAGCAGUUGGAAGAAACUCACAACAAAUGCAGUUGUAUCAGAUGAGGUUAACAUUGCCCUCGCCGAAACAAGCAGCGAUAAUCCCACUUCAAUCCGUCUAUCUUGGAACGCGCCACCAAACCAGAAAUGUCCAAUUAACCACUACGUUGUGGCCUACCGUCUUGUGCGCCAAGACCGAUGUCUCCUCGACGAUGAUUGGCCGAUGCAUGAGCUAGCCGUACGAGCUGACCAUAGAGAUGUUGAGAUCAAUUCGCUGAUACCAUUUUCAACCUAUGAGCUGAAGGUGUUCGCUGUAACGGAAGCAGGCAACGGAUCCAUGUCUGUGGUUGUUGUGCAGACGGGAGAAACGAUACCGACUGAAGCACCAGACGCAAUCUCCGUCGACCUUGUAACGUCACGGGAAAUCGAGUUCUCCUGGCGGGAGCCCCCAUGCGGUACUAGACACGGUGACAUCGUCCACUACGAGUAUCAACUCCUCGAUACGAACACCAAUCACACCUUGACGGCGACGACUACCGAGACUGUUGUACAGAUCGGUUUUCUUACGCCUUACACUGAGUAUCAGUUCUCUGUGAGAGCUUCCUCGUUGAAAGGCUACGGUCCAUUCUCAGAGCAGAUUUUGGCAUCAACUCUUGUUGCACCACCACCAAAACCGACUGGUUUGGUAGUUCUUGGGAUAGGGGAUACCAGUGUUACCCUUCAGUGGAUGCGACCUGAUCCACCACAUGGUAUCAUUACGGAGUACAAGCUUCAGUACUGGAGACAGAACGAGCAGCAAUCAAACUACAGUAUUGAGGUCACCAUUAGAUCUGAAGAUGCGAUUGUGAAUGGCACCCUCUUCGGUCUAAGUCCGUAUACUGCUUACGUCAUAAAGAUCCGAGGGGUUACAAGUGCAGGUCCGGGAGAUUGGAGCGAUGAGAUCAAUGUCGGGACCAGCGAAGGACUUCCUGGACCGGUUACUGAGUUACAGGUCCUAAACAGAACAUUGGAUUCUAUCGAAUUACGUUGGGAGGCUCCCAAACAAAUCAACGGUGAAUUACUCGGAUAUACAAUUUCUUACGAGCCUGUUGCCAAAAGCGACCCCAAAGAUGGCAACUUUUCGUCCCACCGGCCUGUGAUGGACAUAGAUAGCUCCAACUUGGCUCACAUUCUCAUAUCCGAGCUCGAUCCCGCAACCGAGUAUAUCUUCCGAAUUUCAGCCAACAACCGGGUCGGUGACGGGACUGCCCUCGUCAUCACAGAGUUUACCAAAGUUCCAGCACCUAUCAGUCCUAAAGCACCUUCUGUAUCGUCGACAGUCACAGAAGACAACAUGGUUACUAUACAGCUACAGCCAAUCACAGAUAGCCUGGUCAAUGCCUAUCGGGUAACCGUCAAACGUAUGAACGAGGUGGCUAAACGUUCAGCGGACUACGGUGAUUGGGCCAUGCGCCCGGUCUACCCCGGCCAUUACACGGACUCACCUUAUCAUUGGAUAGCUGCAGAGUUUGGACAAGGGGAACUCCCUAAUGUUUUCACAGUGGGUGAUAAUAGGACCUACGGGGGGUACCACAAUGCCCCCUUGGCUCCCGGAAGCUCUUAUGGAAUUAGCAUGUGCAGCGUCAGCAGGACCACAAGAGACAUGGCAUCAAGUUGCAGUCAACCUAUCGAAGUGAAAGCCAAUCCGAACCCGACAUCGUUGUCGAAUGCGACUGUCUUUCCCAAUGAAUUAAAGGCUGCCCUCGGCGUCAUCUUACUUGUGGUCAUGGUCGCUGUCCUCAUCGUAGCCGUGAUCAGAAGAAGGAAACGACUUCAUACAACUCGUCCCAAAGAAGGCAUCGGUCUGUCUGCUUUAGAAAGCGGUGGGGAGAACGGUGGAUCCAUGUCUAACGGAGCCAGCACAACGUUGCCCGCCCUCUCACGGUCAACAGGUGUAUACAAGGCAAAACCAAGAGGACUAUCAGUAAAUGCCAUCCAAAAUGGUCAGAAUGGACACGGUAUCAAGCGGGGUAAUGGCGCCAUGAGGCAACGCCCAAAGACCGCUCCAAAACCAUCAAAUCCUAGCUCAACCAGGGCAAGAUGGCAGGCGCCACCAGCAGUCAAGAUAGUGGAGUUAUCAAGCUAUGUCAAGGAGAAGACUGCCAAUGGCGAGAUGUGUUUCAAACUUGAUUAUGAGCGGCUUCCUGAUGGUCAGAUGUACACGUGGGAAGUAGCAACAAGACAAGAAAAUGUCUCCAAGAACAGAUAUAUCAACAUCAUUCCAUAUGACCAUUCCCGAGUUAUACUGGAUACAGAUCUAGAUGCUCCACACGAAGAUUAUAUCAAUGCUUCAUUCGUCAGUGGUUAUCUGAGACCAAAGGCCUAUAUUGCGACACAAGGUCCUCUGUCGACGUCUGUGUUUGAUUUCUGGAGAAUGGUCUGGCAAGAGAGAGUUCCAGUUAUUGUCAUGCUCACAAAACUAGUAGAAAAUAAAAAGAGAAAGUGCGACCCAUAUUGGCCUGAAGACAUUGAGACUUAUGGUGAUUUCACGAUAGCAGUAGUAGCUGAGAGGAAUUAUCACAACUACACUGAAAGAACUCUGACGAUUAGAAAGGCAUGGGAUCCAGAGGAGAGACGUGUACAACACUUUCACUACACUUCUUGGCCUGACAUGGGACUUCCCCUCAGUGCCACGCCCCUCCUGGAGUUCAUCACCCAGGUCAAGGAGUUUGAAGCCAAGCCUAGCGGACCAACCAUUGUCCAUUGCAGUGCUGGUGUUGGCCGUACUGGUACGUACAUCACGAUUGAUUCUAUGAUGGAUAUGGCAGCCAGAGAACAACAAGUCAAUGUGCUUGAUUUCAUCUAUAGAAUGAGGACCAAGAGGGUCAAAAUGGUCCAAACACCAGAGCAAUACGUGUUCAUCUACGAGGCACUCCUUGAGUGUCUGCUUUGUGGCUACACAUCUGUACCUACCAAGAGUAUUGUACCUUACUUCACCAAACUCGAACAAACCAACCUACAUACAAAGAGAACCUUCCUCGAGGAACACCUUCGUGCUCUAGAUGCAAUGUCAAUAUUCUACAGUGAUAUGAGUAUGCAAGCUGGCAAGAGUGCUGAGAAUCAUCACAAGAAUAGAUAUCCAGAUAUCAUACCUCUUGACAAGUAUCGACCAUACUUAAUGACAGGCUGUGGAGAAGGACAAACAAACUACGUCAACGCAACGUUUUUAGAUGGGUUCAGCAGACGUGAUAUGUACAUGGCAACUCAGAUGCCCCUCCCUCAUACCAUCGAAGAUUUCUGGAGGAUGAUUUAUGAUUACAACUCUAAUGUCAUUGUCAUGCUUAAUGAUAUCAACAAGAACGAUCAGACGUGUGCUCAGUACUGGCCUGCUGGGGACGAGUCUCUGAUUGGUCCAUUCGUCAUUGAUGUUUCAGCAGAGGAGAGGGAAGGUGACGUCAUCAUUAGGACAUUCCUCCUGUCCAAUACGAACACGGUAGCCACUGAGAGUUCGAGAGUGAUCCGUCAAUACAGCUUCGUAGGCUGGAAAGAGAGGCAGAAGUAUCCUAAGAGUCUAUCAUCUCUUCUAUGUCUCCUGGAGCUAGUCGAGGCUGGUCAGAGGGAUGUGGGCAAUGGACCUAUUACUGUACACUGCAUGGAUGGUGCAACACGGAGUGGUCUUUUCUGUGCUAUCAUGUCAACGAUCAGUAAGCUGAAAACAGAAGGUAACAUUGAUGUCUUCCAUGCUGUCAAGAAGCUUAGGAAGUGCAGUGGAAGGAUGGUUCCAACAGAGGAGCAAUAUUUGUACAUUCACGACGUUGUCCGGGAGUAUCUUGCAUCAUGCGAAAUCUAUGAAAACUUCAGGUAGAUCCACCAGGAAUUCCAAUAAAAACUCUGUAUUAUCGGAGAUGUUGCAAAGACACAAAAGACUUGGUAUAAAUCAAGAGAAUUGACAGAGAGCCCUAUUUUUUCUGAAAAGAAGUGAUGAAGAUCGGAUCGCCAGGACUAUAAUGACACAUAAGUGGACAAGUAGAACCGAUGAGAAGUGCCACUGAAGAUAUCAUAUUCGAAUCUUCGAGGAGUUUGUUUUAAACCUUUCCAAAGGUAUACAAGCAUCAAGGCUGAUGCAUCCUCUUCUGAAUUUGUGAUGGUUUUAGUUAGAGCAACGUAAUUGAAUGCGAGGAAGAAAAUAAGCUGCAUUAAACUUAGGACCAUUCAGUGGAUAGAACUUUAUAUCGAUGAUAAACGACGAUAAUCAUGGGACCGGUUAUUAGUCGAUAGAACAUUAUAUGCUACCCAGGGUGUGUAUGCAUCCAAGGAGACAGUCUCUGGUGUGAUCAAGUUUGGAGGCAUCGCAAUCAUCAAUUUUCAACAGACAUCGAGGAUCGUAGCUGAUUUUUAAAAUGAACGUAGCUUAUUCUUUUAUUGGCCGUCUGUAAUUUCCAGAGUUUUGGAGUGAAACCAGCUUAAUAGAAUGGGGACAAAGUGGCUUUGUGCCGAAGUAAAAUAGUAAGAAAAACACCUGUGACGGAGACGAAACGUUUGGUUGAAAGCCAGUUCUUCUUUUUCAAAGCACUUGUUUACAUUACUGUAUACUCCACACGGAUGUGUUCAACUUAAUCUUCAGUGUUAGGUAACAUUAUUUUGGUUUUCUACACGAAAUUUGUUACGACGACAUCAGAAUUAACGUUGAUAGUAAACUCAAUUCAAAACACGUAAGUGUAUUGUAACGGGCAUACGGUACAUAUUGUCGAUAUUGCUAUAACUUCAACAUCUUUAUAACAGCGAUGUAUUAUUUUGUUUACCAGCGCACUGUGAGAUAUCAAAAUACGUUGGCCAAGAUGAAACCUGUGCUUGAAUGCAAACUCAUUUUCUUCAAAAUACAACUUAAAACAUUAUCAAAGUGGCCGACUGUAUAUUUUGUACCGAUACAUGAUUCUGUACGCUUUUUUAUGACAGCAACAACGUCAAAGUGAAUGUUGAUAUUCCAUUCACAACACAUAGCUCUACGCCUUAUUUAUUAAUGACUGUAUUAUGUCAUUAAUACAGUUACAUAAUCAAGUAUACAAUUAACGUGAUCAAUAUUUACAGUGAAAAUGAAUAAAGGCAUCAAUGAUUAUAAAUCGUUCAGUAUUUUGGAAGAAGAAGAGGAAGAAGUUCUAAGAAGAAAAAAAGAAGAAAUAUAAGAAAAACGGAGGAGGAGGAGGGAGAGGAAGAAGAAGAACCGAAAUAGAGCAAUACAAUAUAUUAUCGAUAUACAAAUAUGAUUUUGUUUGUAGAAAGAGGAAAAUAAAUGUAGCUGAUAUUCUCCUGGUAUGAGAAUAAUGUGUAAAUUAUGUAAACGUUAUGUAUCAAUGCAGUGUGACGUAAUAAUUAGAAUUUUGUUUAUUGAUAUGUUGGAUGCACAAUAUCGACCAAAUAUUUUAGAUAAGAUGCAAUGAAGCAGUGUAAAUAAUACAUCAUGUGCAAUGGAACAGAAAACGAUCUAUAAUAUUUUGUAAAAUAUCUGUUGAGAUCUGUUGAGUAUUGUAGAAAAAAACAUGCCUAGAUAAAAGUCAUUUAAUAUUUGUUUAAUUUAAUGAUUUUGAGAAAUGUAUAUAAAUGAAGUCGGUCUAGGAAUGUCCUAUAUGUAUUCCAAGAUGUAAUCUUUCAAAAUCAUUGGAGACAUGUGGAAAGAACCUGUUUGUAAUCUUAAUACUUAAUAUAAUUGUUACGUAACCAAGAUAACAUAAAAUAGAGAAGCAAUUUAUAAACGCUUGUUAUUUAUAUUUAGUAUGUUAUUUAAAAUAAUUUGAGUGGUGCUAUAUGGAUAACUCCACAUAGACCAAAGUCAAAUGAUGUUUUGAAAGAAAGACAAUCAAAUAGUAUGUGCCUUAUUGCAAACAUCAUACUUUCAAGUGCCUCUACUCUUCUAGGUUGCGCAUGCGCGGCUAGUUAACGUUUAAUAUUUAAAUCUGAUAAGAAUACGCAGAACACUGUUUGAUAUGAAGUGCAAUUCAAAUGUACAGUCGUCUUUGUCAUUGUAUUUUUAUGAUGAUGAAAUCAAUAAAACAAAAAAUAUCAA